CCUUAACGGUAGACAUUCAGGAAUAAAGUGAGAGAGUGAGACGCAAGAUAUGUCUAUCGUCCGUCCUUUUCAAGCUACGGAUAUCUUACAUUUCAACAAAGUCAACGUUGAUCCUUGGACAGCUACGUAUCAUUCAGGAUACUAUUCUUCAUACCUCGCUCAAUGGCCUGAUUUCUGCGUUACAGCAGUAAGUGCUUCUGACGGUGGCAUUAAAGCAUACAUGUUGGGAAAACAUGAACCACCACCUCCCGAUCCUCAACAUCACGUUCACUUAACAGCAAUGUCCGUAGCUCCCGAAUAUCGAGGAAUGGGUAUAGCCAAAAUUUUCAUGUCACUAUUAGAACGUUUAGCAGGUCCUCAAGAUCCUUCCGAUUUAUCAAAUUAUUCAGAUCCAUCGAUAUCUGAAUCAUCAGGUAUAAACCCUCUUACAGGAUUACCAAAUAUACCUAAUUCACAAAACUCUCUCACUCCAGGAUCAAAAUCAACACAGAAAUCUUAUGACCAAUCUCAACCUCAAUCUCAAUCUCAAGAUCCUAUAGGAACGGCGAAUCCUAUCGAAUCAUCUUUUUCUCCUCCGAAAGAGAGUUCUUACGUUAUGCGGGAUGCUGUUAAUGCUUGGUUUGUAGACCUUUUUGUUAGAUGUAAUAAUGUAAGAGCUGUGGAGAUGUAUGAAAGAUUAGGUUAUAGUGUUUUUAGAAGGGUACAAAAUUAUUAUCAAUCGAUUGAAGAGGUUUCUUCUCCAGAUGAAUUGGAUGGAUUUGAUAUGCGAAAGUCCAUGCCGAGGGAUACCACAUCGCGUUAUGUUCGAUCUAACGGGAGAGAUAUACUCGUCGGUCCUGAUCAAGUUUGGGCGUGA